AAAGAGAAGAUUUUUUCUUUGCAGAAUAAGUUAGGGUUCAAGAAAUGCUUCCUUAAACCUCUCCCUGAGAAACCUAAAACCAUAAUUUAAAACCUUGGUUAUACAAAGGUCAUUUGGAUUAGAGAAUUUCUGUAUUUGAUUUGAUGGAGAUAAUAGAAUCAAUUGAAGAUAUUAGGUUACAAAAUCCACCAGAGGAGGAAUUCACAUCUGCUCAUCUUACUUGGACCAAAUAUGGAACUUCAGAGCACCAUGACGAUGUAGCACUUAUCCCAUAUGAUAGAGUUGAUUCAUUUAUAAUUGGUGAGUGUUCUAUCGCUGAAUGUCCAACUCGGUUUCAUAUUGAAAAAGGAAAAAAACGCGACAGAGGGAGUUUGACUAGUUACGAGAAUGAUGAAUAUCUUGAAUAUCGCCUAUACUGGUGCUCAUUUGGUCCAGAAAAUUAUGGAGAGGGUGGAGAAAUAUUGCCUAGCAGGAGGUAUCGAAUAAACACUAGAAAUCGAGCUGCUAGACCUCAAUCGAUGAGGGGAUGUACUUGCCAUUUCAUAGUGAAGCGUUUAUAUGCUCGUCCAUCAGCUGCACUACUUAUAUACAAUGAUAGACGUCAACAUGUGAACAAGUCUGGAUUUGUUUGCCAUGGUCCACUAGACCGAGAUGCUAUAGGUCCUGGUGCGAAAACAGUUCCAUAUAUUUGUGAUGAAAUCCAACAACAAACAAUGGCAUUGAUCUAUUUGGGCAUCCCCGAGGAGAAUAUACUGCAGAAUCACAUUGAAAGUGUUCAACGCUACUGUGGUUCAAAUUCCAAAGUUACCAUGUCAGCAUCAGAGUAUGUCCGUAAAAUGGGGUUGAUUAUCAGACGGUCAACACAUGAGUUGGAUCUUGAUGAUCAAGUUAGCAUCAAAUUGUGGGUAGAGAAGAACAAGAAAUCAACUUUUAUAUAUCAAGAUGCAUCAGAUACAGAUUCAUUCAUCUUAGGGAUUCAGACAGAGUGGCAGUUGCAACAAAUGAUCCGUUUUGGACAUCACAGUCUCAUGGCUGCUGAUUCAACAUUUGGCAUCAAGAAGCUUAAGUAUCCUUUGUGUACUCUUCUUGUGUUUGACUCAAGACAUCAUGCCCUUCCAGUUGCUUGGGUCAUAACACGUAGCUUUGCCAAGCAAGAUGUGUCCAAAUGGAUGAAAGCUCUUGUUGAUCGAGCUCGUUCAGUCGACUCUGCCUGGAACAUCAAUGGGUUUAUGAUUGAUGAUGCGGCUGCAGAGGUGGAUCCAAUCAGGGAAAUAUUCUGCUGUCCUGUCCUUUUCUCUCUUUGGCGUGUCCGUAGGUCAUGGCUCCGAAACGUAAUCAAGAAAUGUUAUAACAUUGAAGUUCAGAGGGAGAUGUUUAAACGUCUCGGGCGAAUUGUCUACAGCAUAUGGGGAGGUGUGGAUUCUGUAGAUGUCAUGGAGGAAUUCAUACAAGAUUUUGUUGACCAAACUUCCUUCAUGAAAUACUUCAAGGCCUGUUGGGUCCCUAAAAUCGAAAUGUGGCUCACAACUAUGAGAUCUCUUCCGCUAGCCAGCCAGGAGGCUUGUGGUGCCAUUGAAGGCUACCAUUUGAAGCUGAAGCAUAUAUUGUAUGAUGAUUCACAUCUAGGAUCACUGCAACGAGUAGAUUGGUUAGUCCACAAGCUGAACACUGAAUUACAUCCAAGCUACUGGUUCGACCGCUACGCUGAUGACAUUGAUUCCUUUCAAAGUGUUAAGGCUGAUUACAUUGCAUCAUCUUCAUGGCAUCGAGCUUCGCAAAUUCCAGAAAGUGCUGUUAUCUUUGACGACAAAGAUCGCCUCUUUGCCAAAGUCAUUAGUCAGAAAGACCCUAGUCAGACACACAUAGUGUGGAAUCCCGGGUCAGAUUUCUCUCUUUGCGACUGUUCGUGGUCAUUGCAAGGAAACCUUUGCAAGCAUGUGAUAAAGGUGAAUAUGGUGUGUAGUAAUAAUGGUCGGGAUAAUCAGCCUUCAAUGUCAUUUCAGUCAUUCAGAUCAAUCAUACUCAGUUUGUGGCAAAAACCCAUGGAUGAUUCAGUUGCGCUUGAUCAGUCACUUGCAUGGGCCAACCAGAUGUUGAACCAGGUUCAGAGAUCAGUUGAGUUGGAUAGUUCUAAUGGUGUUUCCAACAUCGUAAAGAAAUUACCCUUGAAAUGGACUGCUAAAAAAGGUAGAACAUCUAUUGGCCAUCCAUCUUCUGUCCUAGGACUUCCUGCUCAUUUGAAGAGAAGCUCCCGAAGUGUUCCCAUGAAAAGGAAUGGGCAAAAGAAGAGACUUACAAUGUUGAGUUGAGCACUUGAUUCAGAAAAAAACCACCCUCAUUAUUUGAAGACUGCUCCCUGAAGUUUCAUGCAGUUAAGCACCUCCGAUCUUUUGAGAAAAUUGGACCCAGUAGCACUCUGGCCAUUGAUUGAUGGAUGGAAAUAUUGAACCCGUGCAAGUGCAUUAAUACAAGUCUUAUUUGUGUAUUGUGAAACAGUAAAUGAAAGAACAGAAAUCAUGAUAUCACGAUGUCUUCAAUGUCAAAGAGAGGGACACGAGCAUGUGCAGUCUUUAUGAUACAAGUUACUAACUCUGUAAUGUUUCAUUGUCCAUCUCCUUGUUCGUUCCAUAAUAGUCCUUUUUUCUAGUUUCAUAGUCUGUAAAAUUGACUCUAAGAUUUUUCUGUGGGAGUAAAGAAAAAAGCUGGAAUAGAAGCAUCUUAUUAUAGA